UUUUAAUUUCUCAUCUCCCAUUAGCAUCGACAAGUAUCAAAAGAUCUGAUUGCUUAAUUUUAAAUGAAUUGAGCAAUGUAUUUGAAAGUCUUUGAUUUAGGAAUCUAAUUACAGAAUCACAAAUAAUUCAAUGAUUUAUCUACCUUUUCUUUUUUCUCAUGAUAUGAUAUGAUGCUUUUCUUUCCCGCCAUAAAACAUUGCCCUUCUCAAUUGAGGCGCCAUUUGCUAAAUACUUCGUAUCUACGGAGUAUUAUCUUCGUAAGGUCUACGAUCCUACACAGUAGAAAGCUAGAAAGGUUGAAUCUUGUGUAAAGAAUGGCAUCUUCAUCCGGAAAAACUAUUAUGGAUCUAUUGAAGCAACCAUCAGCGAAGCGCCUUAAACGGGUCUCCUCACCACCGUCAUCUCCCGCCGUUGUCCCCGUCAGUAGCUUCUCCUCUUCUGCUACGCCGUCCCCAAAGGAGCCCCAAGCCGGAGACAACGGCGUCGUCCCGCAGACAGAAACACUCACGCCUGCACAGAAUUUUAGAAUGGAGUUCAACAAAUCCCUAGCCAAGGCUAAAUUCAAUCUCAAACUCUGUGCUGAGAAAGUCUCUUGUUCAAUAUCUGAAGGUGAGGGCUCUCAGUAUGUGAAGUUGAAGGAAUUGUUGGUGGAGGGGUCAUGGCUGCAAGCAUUGCCAGAGGAGUUUGAAAAACCAUAUGCUAAAAACUUGUGUAAGUUUGUGGAGAGUGAAAUUCGCAAUAGUAGUGUGCCGGUUUAUCCUCCUCAGCACUUGAUUUUCAAUGCUCUUAACACUACCUCUAUUGACAAGGUUAAAGCUGUCAUCAUUGGACAGGAUCCAUAUCAUGGGCCUGGUCAAGCAAUGGGCCUCUCUUUCUCAGUGCCCGAGGGUGUAAAAGUUCCUUCAAGCCUGGUUAAUAUUUAUAAGGAGCUCAAUAAAGACUUGGGUUGUUCAAUCCCUUCUCAUGGAAAUUUGGAGAAGUGGGCAAUACAGGGUGUUCUGCUUCUCAAUGCUGUUCUUACUGUAAGGCAUCAUCAAGCGAAUUCCCAUUCAAACAAAGGUUGGGAGCAAUUUACUGAUGCAGUAAUAAGAGCAAUUUCUCAGAAGAAAAAAGGAGUUGUCUUCCUUCUUUGGGGAAACUAUGCCCAAGCAAAAGGCAGGCUAAUUGAUGAAACCAAGCAUCAUGUGCUGAAAUCGGCACAUCCUUCUGGUUUGUCAGCAAACAGAGGCUUCUUUGGAUGCAGGCAUUUUUCGCAGACAAACAAGCUUAUGGAGGAUAUGGGGCAAUCUCCUAUAGAUUGGCAACUAUAAUGUAGAAUGCCAUGUCAUUUUUUUUGGAAAGUUGGAGCACUGAUUUGUUUGCCAAAUAAGGCAAAUAAAGAAGUGUAAAGUUUAAUAUGCGACGGUCCAAAAAGGAAAGUGUAAAGUUAAUUAAGGACCGGGGAUUAUCUAAUUUGAUGGCAAAGUCACCAACGGAGGGAAUAGAGAAUACAUUUAGGAGAAAACGUGGUGUUCAUGCUGUACAAUGCAUUUUAGCGUUUGAAGUAUUUACUUUGUAACAAAACGUUUGUUUUUUAAAUAAGAAAAAAUACUCCAUUGUACCGUUAAACAGUAUUCCUUUUUACUGACAAAGGAUUUUUUUGGAAGUAUUCGAGUAUUUUUAUUUUCAUCUAAGAAGCACUUGUUUCAGGAAAAUGUCAUCUCGAACUUAAUCUAAAUCGUCUUGGGUGUACACGCCAAAAGUGUUGCAUACUCUCUAGUCUCUCCGUUCUUAAAUAUGAGUCCUCUUAAGUUUUGACACGUGUUUUAAGAAUAAAAUAAUAGAGGUAGUGUAAAAGGUGCAGUAGGUUGUAGGUAAAUGAAAAAGUAGGAAAGAGAAAGAUGUAAUGGUAAUAAAAGUGGGGGUAUAAAGGUAUUUUGAUUGAAAAAACUUAUCAAAAAAGGAAAGAUGGACAAAUAAUUAAAAACGUCCCAAAAAGAAAUAUGAGACAGUUAAUAAAGAACGAAGGGAGUAUUUUUUUUGGGAUAUCGAAAUGGCUGAACAAGAACAAAUGGAAUAAAUAGGGUUGACAAUAUCACCUGCACCCGUGAAUACCCGGUCAAUCUGAAUUGAAAAUAUGGAUGAAAACCUGAAGAAGUAUGGAUGAAAAAUGGAUGACGGGUGGACUGAAAGAUGGGGUGGAUCGGGUGUGAAUGAAGACUCAUCCAAUCCAUCAUCUGACCCGUCACCCGUUACAUACACCCACACGUUGACUUGCAUAUAAAUAUAUACUACCUCCGUAACUUAAAACUUUGCCAAAUUUGAUCGACACGGAGAAUAAUAAAGUAAAAACUGUGUGGUUGAGGUUUGUGCAGAGGAGAGAGAAAUAACAGAAACCACAAAAUAAUUGAUUAAAAAGGAAAGUGACAAAGUUUUUUGGGACGUCCCAAAAAGGAAAGAUGACAAAGUUUUAAGGGACGAAUGGAGUAAUAUAUAAUAUAUAAUACAUAAUAUAUAUUAUACGGAGUAUAUACUUAAUAAUAAUAAUAGUUAAUAUAAAUAUAUCAAUAGAUAGUUAGAUACCUAAAUACGUAUAUAUGUUUGACGAGCACUUUGUCGUAGUGUGUCUCAAAUUAAAUUCACUACUAAGGGCUAAUAUCGUAGUAUAUCGUAGUAGAGUUCGUAUCCACAGGGAAAAGAAUAUUUCUUUUUUUUAUAAAACUAUUUAAAUAAGGGGGGAGAUUUGGAUUGAAUGAUUUGAUUUAAUAAGAAACUAAGAUUAACGACUUAUAUGUGUUUUAAUUUAAAGAUAAAAGAACUUGUCAUUGCUACUUUCCACUUAUUAAUAUAUUUUAGUCGAUCAUUGUUAUAUCUAUAACUUAACCUCCCUAGAAUACUCAAUCGAGUAGUAUAUCCAAUUCAUCGAGGGUAGUUAUUAACAACGACCGUUCAUUAAUAACCCUUACUAUUAGUCAAGUAUAGAACACCGCCAUAUACCGACUUGAUAGUAGUAGUUUUUAAUCUUUUAAUUCCUUGAUGAAAUCAAUUGAGAUUGAUAACCUCAACACAACGGUUUCAGUUUAACCAACAAAAUUAAUCCCCCUUAAGUUUAUCAACGACGACCGUGCAUUAAUAAAUCGAAGUUACUUACUUGUGAAACCAUCAACGAUUAACCAUCGGUUCGUCGAUCGUUUCUAGUAAUAAUUAAUGUAUGAAGCAAAACUAGUUGAUCCUUUAAGUAAUGUUCAAAGUAUUAAUAUGAAAUAUGAAUAUGAAUUAAUUAAUAUUCAAGGAAUAAUAUUAUUAAAGUAGAUGAAUCCUACUAUAAUUAAUAUCAAGAUGUUAACUAAUUGUCAUCUUAGCAACAUUCCCCAACAUUAAUAUAGAGGAAGAAAAUACUAUUCUAACUAAUGUCAAGAGUUUAACUAAUUGUCAUCUUAGCAACACUCCCCAACAUUAAUAUAGAGAUAGUAUUAAGGAAAGAACUAAUAAUUAAUAUUCAAGGGAAGAAGUUAAGAAAAUAACUCACAACUUUAAUAAUCAACAAGCUUCAAGAGCAACACCAAGAAUUGGAAGUUUAGCUCCUCAUUUGGAGACUAAACAUAGCUAGAAAAAUAUAAAGAAAUGCUAUUCUAAACUGAGCUUAAGAGUAUGGAAGAAGGGAUGAUUUUUAGAGAAGAAAAAGUGUGCUAUUUAUAGGUGUUUUUCAACACCUUUGGCCAGGUACCCGACCGGGUCAAGUACUUACCCGAUCGGGUCCGGUCAAAAUCAGAUAAUCCGCCACGUUCUGGUGAUCUUCGCACGUCGUUUUGUCCCGGGUCACACUGACCCGACCGGGUCAAGUAGGGUACCCGACCGGGUCCAGUGAUUUUCUUGGCAAUUUCGUCUGUUAAAUCAUACCCGACCGGGUGGGGGUUUCUACCCGGUCGGGUUUUACUCCUGGGCAGUCAAAUUUCUUGUUUUCUUCUCUUCAAAGUCUUCCUUUCCAACACCACAAAUCCUAACUAUACUUUAUAACUUAUAAAUAAAGACUAAAAUACAAAUACAAGUGAAAACAUAUAAAUGUUUACAAACUAAAUAAAACGUCAAACAAUCAACAUAAAUCAAACAUAAAAACAUAUAAUUAUGCACUACUAAUUAGUGUGCAUCAAACACCCCCACACUUAAACCUUUACUCGUCUCGAGUAAAUCAAAUCCGGUCUAAGAAGUCCUUAAAAUGACAAGAAUAUCAGCAGACACAUCCACGAGUGUUUUUAGAAACAAAUAAAGUAUAUCCCCAAAAAUAUAAGAGUAAAGAGAUUCUUCAACUUCAUAUUUCUUUAUCAACCUCAACCUUUUUUUUCCGUUACCCUUAGGAUCCUGCAGAAAUAAAAGAAAAUACUUUCUCUCGUUCUCUCAUUUUGCUUAGGUGCCCUUUCGGGUUUUUAUCCCAGCUUCCAACAUUUUUCUGUUUUAAUUCUCACAACUCACUCUUAUUUUUGCUUUAUUUUUGCUUAAGUUGCCCUUUCGGAUUUUCAACUUAACAAGCUUUUAUAAUUUUUUUUACAAGAAUAAAGAGUAUGAAUGUGAGUAUUCCAUAAAACUCUAGUAUAGUGGUAAGUAUUCCCGCCUGUCACGCGGGUGACCCGGGUUCGAUCCCCGGCAACGGCGCCAAAUUUGACGUGCACUUUUUCACGGUGCGUCAAAAUAAAUUCAAUACUAGCACUUAUACGUAGUAUAGCGUAGUAGAGUUCGUAUCCACAUGGAAAGGAAUACUCUUCUGUUUAUGAACUUGUAAAUAAAAGGGGGUUUUAGGUUUGAAUGAUUUAAUUAAAUUAAAACUAAGAUGAACGACUUAUAUGAGAUUUAAUACAAAGAUAAAAAGAACUUGGCAUUGCUACUUUCCACUUGUUGAUAUAUUUUAGUCGAUCAUUGUUAUAUCAAUAACUUAUUCCCUCUCGAAUACUCAAUCGAGGAGUAUAUCCAAUUCAUCGAGGGUAGUUAUUAACAACGACCGUUCAUUAAUAACCCUUACUAUUAGUCAAGUAUAGAACACCGCCAUAUACUGACUUGAUAGUAGCAUUUAAUCUUUUAACUCCUUGAUGAAAUCAAUUGAGAUUGAUAACCUCGACACAACGGUUUCGGUUUAACCAACAAAAUUAAUCCCUCUUAAGUUUAUCAACCAUGACCGUGCAUUAAUAAACCGAAGUUACUUACUUGUGAAAUCAUCAACGAUUUACCAUCGGUUUGUCGAUCGUUUCUAGUAAUAAUUAAUAUAUGAAACAAAACUAGCUGAUCUUUCAAGUAAUGUUCAAAAUAUUAAUAUGAAAUAUGAGUAGGAAUUAAUUAAUAGGGAAAAGUACACUUUACAUACCUGUGGUUGUGGCCUUUUGCAAUCAGGGGUCUGUGAUGAACUUUGCAACAAACCCAAGCUUGUCCUUUCCUACCGUUACCACCCGCGGGGUCUAAGCGACUGGGCCGUUAGUAAUACGCUACGUGGCACUUUUUUUUUGCUUACGUGGCUUUUAAUCCCAAUCUAUUAACACCAUGUGUGAUUACAUGGCUUUUUAUCCCUAGUCCAUACCGUGUUAACCUAUUUGGACCAUAUACGCAUACGAAAUCCAUUCCCCUCUUCCACAAACACAAAUACAAAUUUGAAGAGAUGAGUUCUUUUAAUUCGAGCUCCUGUGCGAUGGAUGGAAGACAACAAAUCAAGAAGUGCGGCUGUGGAGUCCAAGCUCCUAUUUGGACGGCGACAACAUAGAAGAACCGGGGGGAAAAGUUUCAUGCUUGCGGCCGUUAUUCUCGAGGGAGCGAACAACAAUGCAAUUUUUUUGAGUGGGUUGAAGAAGAUACAUGUUGUACUUGUCUGCAUAACUUAGAUGCUGUUAUUGAGAAGGUCAGAAGACUUGAAGAAUAUGUCCAGAUGAAAGAGUUGGAGAUGGAGGGUCAAAUAAAGAACUGUGUGCGUGAAAUUGGUGUGUCGAAGGUUCAGAACAUGGAACUGCAACUGCGGAUGUCUAAGAAUCAUAAUGUCACUUUUAAGUGGAAGCUGCUCUGUCUGGCCAUGUUAAUUUUCAUGUUCUUUGCAAGUAGAAGAUUUUAGGUCUAAGUUCUUUGCUAAGUUUUCGAUGAAAUGACCAAACCACGUGUAAUUGUGUUUGGAGAUUCCUUUAGUUUAAUUUCAUGUGAGACGUUUUGUUGUGAGUGAUGUCCAAUGUAAUGCACCAAUGUAAGAACCUUGUAAGGGUUGUUGUCAGAUUGUAUGAAGAUUUUGGCUGUAACAAUUUGUGUGAACUUGUUUAAUGUUAUAGCAGUUUAUUUCUCCACUA